UUUGCUCCACCCCCAGCCGACUGAAUAGAAUGCCACUGCGCCGAUUUGGCCUUGGCUGGGCACCCGACUCUUAAAGCUUGCGUGGUUAGCCCAGCGCUGCUGAAUGUCCCUUGCAACGCAGAGAGAAAGGCACUGAGGUGGCCAAGAGUGAUUUCCACAGCCAUUUAGGCCGCUCCUGUCAGAAAGGCGGCGAUGGGCGCAGCCGUGUGACCUCAUAGAGCGGCUCCCGCAGUCUGAACUCGCAAUCUCGGGCAGGCUCCGUGGUCCUCGCCUCACUCCAACGCCGACACCGCAAAGCGUCCCGUAGGCCGCCUCAGGAGCGCGUCUAAAUAGGAAAAGGUUUCGGACUUGGAUGCGGCUUUUUGUCGGCUGCCAGUGGUGUCUGGAGAGGUUCGGGCUCAGGUCCUGGCUCCCAGAAGCAAGAUAACUCAAGUGAAGCAAUGAAGGAAGAAGGAGGUUGCUGGCCUUGGAUAUCAUUUCUAGGGACAACUUUAAGUGGACGCCAAUAUUUCUGACUAGGAAAACUUCACGGUAAAUGCAGAAGAGACAAAGACGUAUAGUCCAUGUUAUCCACUAUUUUCUGAGCACAGAAGAAAAUGAUCAAGACCCAGGAAUCACUGACCCUGGAGGACGUGGCUGUGGAAUUCAGCUGGGAGGAGUGGCAGCUCCUAGACACUGCUCAGAAGGACCUGUACCGGGAUGUGAUGGUGGAGAACUAUAACCACCUGGUAUCACUGGGGUAUCAAACUAGCAAACCAGAUGUACUAUCCAAGUUGGCACAUGGACAAGAACCAUGGAUAACAGAUGCUAAAAUCCAGAAUAAAAAUUGUCCAGGAAUCAGGAAAGUUGACAGUCAUCUGCAAGAGCACUCUCCAAACCAAAGAUUUCUGAAAAGCAUGCAGCAAUACAAUGGACAGAAUGAAUUUAGAAAUAUUGUACAUCUCAGCAAGACAAAUUUUCCUCUAGUGCAAAAUCAUGAUACAUUUGGCUUGUACAGAAAAAACUUGAAAUCAAGUUUAAGUUUAAUCAACCAGAAGAGAAGACAUGGAAUAAAUAACCCUGUUGAGUUUAUUGGAAGUGAGAAAACCCUUCUACAUGGUAAGCAUGAACAUACACAUACUAAAACUAGAUUUUCUGAAAAUUCAAAAUGCAUCCAUACAAAAUUCCAAGUAUUUAAGCAUCAGAGGACUCAGAAAAUUGAGAAACCCCAUGCAUGCAUUGAAAGUGAGCAAACCUUCCUUAGGAAGUCUCAGCUCAUUUACCAUGAGAACAUUCAUAUAGAAGAGAAUCCUGGAAGUGGUCAGUGUGAGAAGUUGUCCAGAAGUGUCCUGUUUAGUAAGCAUCUGAAAACUAAUGCAAGAGACAAAAUCUGUAUAGCCAGUGAAUAUAGAAAAGGCUCUACUAUGAAGAGUAGUCUCAUUGCAUAUCAACAAACCCAUACAGAAGAGAAAUCCUAUAUGUGCAGUGAGUGUGGAAAGGGCUUUACAAUGAAGCGCUAUCUAAUUGCUCAUCAGCGAACUCAUAGUGGAGAGAAACCUUAUGUGUGCAACGAAUGUGGAAAAGGUUUCACUGUGAAGAGCAAUCUCAUUGUACAUCAGCGAACUCAUACAGGAGAGAAACCCUAUAUAUGCAGUGAAUGUGGAAAAGGCUUCACCAUGAAGCGCUAUCUUGUUGUACAUCAGCGAACUCAUACUGGAGAGAAACCCUAUAUAUGCAGUGAAUGUGGAAAAGGCUUUACCGUGAAGAGCAAUCUCAUUGUACAUCAGCGCUCCCAUACAGGAGAAAAAUCUUACAUAUGCAGCGAAUGUGGAAAAGGCUUCACCGUCAAACGCACUCUCAUUAUACAUCAGCGAACUCAUACAGGAGAGAAAUCUUACAUAUGCAAUGAAUGUGGUAAAGGCUUCACCACAAAGCGUACUCUUAUUAUACAUCAGCGAACUCAUACAGGAGAAAAACCCUAUGAAUGCAAUGAAUGUGGUAAAGCCUUCAGCCAGAAAAUAUGCCUCAUACAACAUGAGAGAUGUCAUACAGGAAAGACUCCCUUUGUAUGUACUGAGUGUGGAAAAUCCUAUUCACACAAAUACGGUCUCAUUACCCAUCAGAGAAUUCACACAGGAGAGAAACCUUAUGAGUGCAAUGAAUGUGGAAAAGCCUUCACCACAAAGUCGGUACUCAAUGUACAUCAAAGAACGCACACAGGAGAGAGGCCCUAUGGAUGCAGUGAUUGUGAGAAAGCCUUCUCCCACUUAUCAAACCUUGUCAAGCAUAAGAAGAUGCACAUAAGAGAAAUGGAUAAUAGAAUCAGUCAAGUUGAAAAUUCCUGUAAUGGGGAGUCACAGCUCCAUCCUUAUAAGUGAACUCAUGCAUAAUGAAAACCCUACUAGCACGUGACUAUGGAAAUGCCUUUUGUGGCACCUCAGAGUUUUUUAAACAUCAGUGUGUCUCUAGCAAAUCGGAACAUAAACAUGGUGCUGCCUGUUAUCAGAUGUGUGUCCUCAGGAGGUAAAAUAAUUUGCCCUAGAGAUAAACUUGAUGAAUACAGUAAAUAAGGUAGUGCCUUUAGUGGUCUUUUACCUCAUAUUUUCUGUUAAUGAAAACAUGUUGAAUAAACUAUAAUAUAUUAAUGUGAAAAUGUCUUGAGCAAUAACUUUUGUUCAUAUAUCUGAAAAGUGUACACAGAUAAAUUCUGUGAAGGCAGAGACUAGGAAAAGUCUUCUCUGGAAAGAUAGACUUUAUUAUCAACUUUCAUCAUAGAUUUCAACAUAAGUGAGCUUAUUGUUGAUAGAAACAUGAUGACCAUGACAAAGCCUUUACUCAGAAAUAUGACCUCAGUGAGUGUCAAAGUUUACACUGGAGAAUAAAUUUAAGGUAACAGUAUUAAUGGCAGGAUUUCAGUGACGCAUUCUGCUUCAUCAUUUGUCAGGAAAUCACAUGGAAAGUAAAAUUGUUAUGAACAUGCUAUCAAAUGUGGAACACUGUUAGCAAAAUAUCAAGAGCUCAUGAAGGCAUGAAAUGUGGUAAAAAUGAUGAAUGUUUGAGUGCUUUUUCUUAAUAACCUUAUACAUCAGCUAAUACACCUGGUGUGUAUUUUCAGUUGCCUUGCCAAUGAUUCCAUAAUAUACUCUGUUCUCAUCACUGUUUAUUUUUACUGUUAUGUAAAAUUGUGGUAUAAUAAGACAUACAUUUGGUCUUUGUCCUUAGUUCCUGGCACAGAGCUCCUAAAAUCCUUAGAAUUUCAUGAGUAAUAGGAUUGUUCUUUUUGUUGUUGUUAUUCAUAGCACUGCCCUUUUAAUUACACCUGACUAUGCUACUGAGGUAACUUAUAGUCGGUCACCUAGACAGCCUCAGGAUGUGGCUGUUCCCUAGGAAGAUCAAGUAACUAGAGGAUGGAAAUUUUGUGUCCCAUUUCUCCUGCCUCCUGGAAGGGGAGGGGGACGGGAGAUUAGACAGUGAGAUUAAGAGAACUCCAAAUAUCCCAGGAGGGUAUACACCCCCAACUUCAUAGGGACAGAGGCUCCUGAGAUUAGGAGGACCCUUUCAGGCAUUACUCUGUGUACCUCUUCAUCUGAGUGUUCAUUUGCAUCCUUUAUAAUCAAUAAAACAAAGUACAGUGUUUUCUUGAGUUCUGUGAGCCCUGUAGCAAAUUAUCAAACCUGAGCAGGGGUAGUGGGAACUCUGAAUUUAUCACCAGUCAUUCAGAAGUGCAGGUUGUCCUUGUGAGUGGCAUCUGAUGUGCGGAAAGUCUUGUUGGACUGAGCCCCUUAACUUGUAGAGUCUGCACUGACUUGGAGUAGUUAGUGUCAGAAUUGAAUUGUAGAACACCCAGUUGGUGUGAGAGAAUUGGAGAAUUUAUUGGUGUCAGAAAAUACCUCAGAACCAGACAGGAAUGAUCUAUGACCACUAAAUAUUAUGAUUAGCUUUUUCCUUUCUUUGGCUCUAAGCUUAAUUGUACAUUUAGCAAACUGAAGUAGUUUAAAAAGAAACUGAAUAUGUUAAAUAUAUUAACAUAACAACAUAUUUGGAUGUGCUUAACUAAGAUUUAUUGGUUUAUAAAAACAUCUUCAACUUAAAUAAAAUUGAACUCAAAAGAAAUUGCAAAAAUAGUCUAGAGGUUUUGCCAGUCAGUAUCUUUCAACCAACUUCUGGUAAAAACAUCCUACAUGACCAUAAUUAUCAAAACCAGAAAAAUAACAUUGGCAGGAUACCAUGAAGUAAAUAAUCUUAUCUGGGGUUUCACUAGUUUUUAUGUUUUUUUUCUUUUUUCUUUUGACUCUUAAAGUUGUAUUACAUGUGUAGAUUCGUGUAACCACCGCAACCACAUAAAACUGUUUAAUGAACACAAACUCCCUCAUACUACCUUUUUAUGCUUACACUCCAUCCAAACCUAACUCUGCCACCCACUCUUUUGCCUUUCCAUCAGUGUAAUUUAAUAAUUUCAUGAAUGUGAUAAAAUUGUUUUUAUAAAUGGUUUUUAUAAAUUUUAUAUAAAUUUUUAUUGAUAGAGAGUAUUUAAGCUUUUGGCAUUUUUGUUACUCAGCAAAUUACUCCAAAGGUUUAUAUGAGUUGAUGAAUAGUUUUAUUAUUAUUUUUUUACCAUCAUCUAAUCAGAUGAAAGUUGUUUGUAUUAGGGAGUAGCAUACAUAUAUGAUAUACUAGUUUGUUUAUCCAUUCACCUAUGAGAGAGAUUUGCACUGUUUUCCUGAUUUUGAAGUGUUAUAAAUAAAGAUGCUGUGAAAUUUA